CGCAUGCGCCCAGACGCUCUGCCCUUUUAGGCGGUUGUGUAAAUUUCAAAGUUGUCAUAUGAAGAGCUUUUAUUAAACUGAGAUUUACCUUUAUUUCAGUCGAUCCUCAGCUGAGAGAGUUCAUAACAGGCAGCCUCGAGUCUCAUCUGCUGCGCUAUAAAUUAUUAAUGUAGUUUCAGGAGCCGUGUAAAGCGAUAAAAGAUGGAAAAGGCCGGUAGGAAAGCUAGAAGGAAGUCCAGCGAGGGAGACACUGAAAGCGCUGCGGGAAAGAAACGUAAAACUGAAGCUAAAGAAGAGAAAAAUAUAGAGAAACGAGGCGCUAGCAGACCAAGAGGUGUAUCUCAGUCAACUGGAGGGAAGAAAGCAUUGACAGAAACGGCUAGAAAGAAACCAGGCUCUGUGCACAAGACCGACAAGAAUGACAACAGAGAGCAGUGUGACGAAUCCAGCAGUUUCUCAGAAGUGAAAAGAAACAAAAAAGGACAACUUGUUUUUGAAGAUCACCCAGAGUUCUGUCCCAAUAUGAGUCCUAAAGAGGUGUUGCAGGCAGGCAGUUUUGGGGGCACCUACUUCAGACCCAUCUACUCCAGCAUCACCAAGCAGCAUUAUAAGGAUGUGCAUAAGGAACUUCCUCAAGACUGGCUCCAAGGACUGGACAUCCAUAAACAGGUGUCUUCAGCGGUGUACAGAGAGGAGGUGAACACCUAUAAGGUGAAGUGUGGAGGCAGUUUGGAGAUGUGGGAGAGCAGCGGCUGGAUAAAACCUCAGGACCCCUACGGCUGGUUCCAGUGGUACUGCAGGUUUUAUCAGGGUCGUCGUACGGAGGAUGACGCGCGACAGAUCAGCCGCUGGGCCAAUUGUGCUGGAGUGAAAGGACGCUGGCGGAAUAACCUCAUCACCAAGGUGGUACGAGCUGGCCGGAGGUUUGCGGACCACAGUGUGUCUCCGGUGGUCCGGCAAACUCUGCAGCACUGGGGCUACCGGCUAACUGAGGAGGACUACAAGGAGGGGGCCAAGAGAGUCAAACCUAAAUGAAAGCACAUUUAGCGUAGAUUCCUUUUAUUUCUCUGCAUAAUUAAAUGUUACAAUAUCUAAAAUAAACUGUUAUUUAAAGUACA